AUUAGUGCAACUAUUUCACAGCAUUCUUGUACUGCCAUCACAGAAACACAACAAGAAGAAGAAGAAGAAGAAGAAGAAGAAGAAGAAGAAGAAGAAACAAUUUUAAAUGACAGACUUGUUGCUGGUAUAUCUGGUAUAUUCAAAAACCAAGAUACCGUGAAGGCUGUUACAAAGCUUUUUGACUGA